AUGAGCGAUAUUACUCCAAUGCUUUCAAGUUACUCACCGGCUGCUAAUCAUGAUUUGUUGCCACAUUCUGUGCCAUUCUUUAACUCCACGCUGAUGUCGCCACACACACCCCAAAAUCGUCUAGAUAUGAAGAUUGAUAAAUUUAUUUACGGCACUGCUUGGAAACAAAAUCGUACAGCCCUAUUAGUCUACGAAGCCAUCAAGGCUGGCUUCCGAAGUAUUGAUACUGGAGCAUUACCUAUGCACUACGAUGAGAAGCAGACGGGCAUUGGAAUAUACUGGGCGAUGGUGGAGGGUAUCGCUCAAAGAACAGAUCUUCAUAUCCAGACAAAAUUCGUACCCAUGAUUUGUCAAGAUGAAAUGAAUGUCCCUUACAAUCCAUCUGACCAUAUUCUUAAGCAAAUCCAAGAUUCUAUAAUUUCCUCACUACAACACUUCAGUUUCCCGGGCUACGGCCCGGCAUAUAUUGAUUCGCUUGUCUUGCAUUUACCCCUUUCAUCUCGCGCCGAGAUCUAUUCAGCAUGGCGUUUUUUGGAAUACUUCGUCCCAUUUCCUAUCAGGUCUCUCGGACUUUCUAAUAUAACAGUUGCACAACUACAAGAUUUAAUCAUGAAGACAGGUAUCCGUCCUUGUAUCAUCCAAAAUCGGUUCUAUCGUUACACGCGUUGGGAAGUACAGCUACGGAAUUUUUGUCGUAAUGAGGGGAUAAUUUUUCAGUCUUUUUGGACUCUGACCGCCAAUUACUAUCUCUGUCGAACGAAAGUAGUAAGAGAGAUUGCACAGGAGUUGUAUUGGUUAGGAGUCUUUCAACCGGAGAUAGUUGCUUUAUAUGCAUUAGUAUUGGGACUGGAUGGGAUUAGUAUAAUGAACGGCACAACGAAUCCUUUCCGCAUGAAGGCUGAUUUGGACGGGUUAAAUCUUGUCAGCAAUCUAAUAAUGGGUGAGUGGAAAGAAAAAUGGGUUAUAUGGGUAAGUACAUUCAAGACUAUGAUUAGCGACUUUGAAUGGGAAAAGGAAGAUAAUUGA